ACGCUCAGAGCUGAUGGUGAAGCCAGCAAGGAGCCUCAAAGUCUUAGUGAGAGGACCAAUUUCCUUGUCAUCUCUACUGCCUCAGAUAACUGACUGCCAAGCAACAUCAUCUACAGUUCACUUGUGAAUUGUGUCUCUGUUCUCAAGCAUUAACUGUCAUCAUCAUGCCAUUGAAAAAGUGCCAUCGCCAAAUGGGAGGUUUUGCUUUGACCACUGUGGCCUGGCUACUCUGCUGCAUAUCCACAGGCCUCCCUCAGUGGCAAGUGUGGCACUAUGAAGAUCCUGUGAUCCUCAAGCCUACAGUGGCUUUAGUGGGCAUGUGGAGAGCCUGCAUUUUCCACACAGACAGCAACUCCAGCAACACCAGAGUAUGUUACCAAUACAAAUACGAUGGCUCCAUUCAUUUAUAUAUUCAAGUAAACCAGCACUUGCUGCUGGUUUCUAGCUUUCUUGGUCUUUUUGGGAAAAUCACCACCAUUAUUGCUCUUUCGAAUGUGCAUAUGGGAAGAGUACGGAGGAAUGCCACCUGCAAUCCAUUUAGACUUUCAGGCAUACUGAACAUCAUUGCUAGCAGCUUUCUUUACCUUGCUGUUUUGUUCAAUUACAUAGCCAUCAUGAGCAAAUGGGGGAUUGCCUUCCCACCAUCUUUCAAUUUGCCUUUCCAGCCAGACAUUCGGAAGAUGGGAAGUGCCACGGCUUUGGCAAUUAUAGCUGCAGUUUUCUUUCUACUAAGUGGCACAAUUUGCCUUUCUUCAAAUUUAGCCAUAGGCAAGGUGCCCCAUUCCAAAAUGUAAAUCUCUACCUUACAUAGCCUUGAAAUGCCAGGAAAGAUAAUGAGUAUUCUUCACAUGUCUACACGAAUUUACAAAGAACUUGAAAGGAUGCCAAUUGUGGCCUAUGACCAAAAAAUAGUCCGGUUGACUUUCUCUUAUCUUUUUUAACUUCUUUCGUGUUUCCUUAAUGCAUUAUUUGGCUUGUGGGCUUCUAUUAAAUAAAAUCUUAUUUUAUGG